AUGACAAUGAAACAUACGGUUAAAAUCAUAUCUCGCUCGGCAAAAGGCAUUUGUAUGGACUGGUUGACUGGGAGCUCUCGAAAUAUCUUCGAGCAAGCCGAUACUUACUUGAACAUGGCCGCACUCUUUCAAAAGAAUUUCUGUCCACCGGAGGUUGUAUUUGAAUUUGUCGCUGGCGUUCCUGACGCGAUGGCAUCAAAGUUGCGGUCUAUAGGGGUAACCGUAAUAGGAGAAGAAGUUCCAAUUGACACAAUCACUAAAGUCCCUGAAGAUUUCAUGGAAAUGCUGAUGAAUGACGUAGAAGAGAACGAUCGGGUGCCUAUAAAUGGCUCUGAGCCGUCCCACCCACCGCCUGUCAAUCUGGAUGUAUCGGCUGUGUUCGUCCUGAUCUCAAAUAUGACUCAUGAAAAUGGCACGAAUCACGUGUUUGACAGCGUCUUACUAUCUCAACAGGCAGAGAUGGAACGAAAAAAUCCCGCUAGGAAACAAUUAUUGAGCCAGAUUGAAGGCAGAGAGUGGAUUAUCUGUCGUACGGCCUACGAUUCCGUGCGGGAUAUUCUUAGCACGGUAGGAGGAGAGUCCGAAAAGAAACGAAUGGAAGAAUUGUUCUCGCAUGUACGGUUAGUAGAAGAUGCGGUCUCGGAGAAAACCACCACACUGAAGCCCUCGGAUCGGAUUAACCAACGAAGUUUGGUAAUCUUUGGCUCAGGCGACUACUACCGAGCUGUCACUGCAACGGCAAAUAAGCAUUUUGUGUCUUCCGCGUAUCAUCAGGUAUUCGUUAGAUUAAGGAAUCAACAACAUUUCCUAAAUGUUUUAGUGGAUAUAUCCGUGACAGACUUGAAGGCUCCUUCGCUGAUGGGUGCACAAUUGGAGGCAAAAGGUUUGGAGUGCGGCGGUUUGGAGAAAACGAUUCUAUUAGGAGGGCCAAAGGUGAGAUGUGAACUAUUAAUAUUGAGAUGUUAA